CGUGGAGUUCAGUAAAGUUGCAGUUGCAUUUAACAUACGAUAUGAAGUUUUCGACUUUGACUUUUCUAGGCUUUGUGCUGACUUUUGUCUGCUUGAUGCAUAAGACACCCGGUGCCGAGUCGUGUAAUACUAACCAGCUGAGGCAGUUGACCAAUCGCUUCUGCAAUGUGUGGGAUCCUCUGCGAAUUUGCCAUACUCUUGUUACAAGAAUUGUGACCACAAUUGAUUGUGUUUGUCAACCGGAUGAGACAACCUCAACUUCAAGCUCAACUUCGACUUCAACUUCAACUUCGACUUCGACUUCGACUUCGACCUCAACAACGGAAAGCCCAACGCCAGCGUCGUAAAUGGCGAUACUGCUGGCGGACACUGUAAUCUCAAUACUGUAAACUGUAAACGAAUGUGAUUGCGAAUGGAACCUAAACAUUUUGUAAUCCCUUUUUUAAUCUAUCCUGUGCAUGCCUUGUAAUAAACUUAACCUUUUCUUCAGCACAA